CAGGAAAGAUGUCAUGACAAAAUUGUAUACAUUUUACUAACUUAAGCCAGAGGUACUAAUAUAAUAUCGAUGGCAGACCUGUAUUUUUUGUAGACUCUUGUCAAUGAAACCAAAUUUUGGUUGUUCGAUAGCUCACAAACAAAAACGUUUGUCUAAAAAUAAUAUUGAUUCGUCCUAAAAAAAAAAAACGGUUCGCAAAAUAGCGGAGUAAUUGAUCAUCGUCGUACAUGCCCUCCCAACAAUUCAUUAUAAAGACAUAAAAUAUCUUUGCAUGGCUUGACUCCUCUUUUCUUCUCUUCUUACUUAUAUUUGCAAUGAUCUCUUUAUUGUCACCCUCUAUCAUUCUUUUUGUGUGGUUCUUCAUCUCAUGCUCAUUUGCAGCACCCGUUCAACAGUAUACCUAUCAAAUAACAAUAAGGGAAGGGCCUUCUAUUACAAAGAUUCCAUCUGGCGCUUAUCUUGAAAACUAUAAUCUAGCUGAUAGUUUAGACAGUUACUACAGCAGAAUUUCAGAAAAAGUUUUGGAUAAUACUAUUAGCGAAAUUAUGGAGGCAGCACCAGAAUCAUAUUUAAUUAUUCAUGAACUCCAAUUAAUUGGCAAAGAUUAUUGUCGAAGUCAACUGGAGAACCUUUUGGAAGUGCUUGAACAUAACUUGAAUCACAAAGUAAGAAAUAGCAUAUUGUCUUCGAUUCGACCACUGGUGGAUGGAAUUGCUGAUAAGAGGGCCGACUUGAUCGAACUGAAUACUGUUAUGAGUCAACAACUUGGCUCUAUUUUAAGCGCAAAAGCAGUUGCAUCAAAUAUUAUAAGACAGAUCUAUCAAGAGGAUAAAAAUAGUUAUAUUGUUCAAUUUUGGAAACUACACUCUGACAAAAUAUGGGCUGAGACAGUGCAUCAUGAGUUGAACGAAUUUAUCGCUCUGGAAGCCUGGUUACACUCGUGGCUGAUGGAUUUUGAAUAUAUUUUCAAGGAAGCAUUCGACACACAAGUUUCAACCUUAAUUUUAUAAAGUUCCCCUUUUGUACAUACCCCCUCCUAAUCUAUUUGUAUUUAAUAAAACCAUGGCAUUGUCUUCCUACUUCUCAACCAGAACAGAAUUCGAAUCUUGCUUACAAAAUUUUUAUGAAGAAACUGAGACGUCUCUUUUUAAGGGAACGCAAUGGACAUGGGAGACACAACCAAUACUAAAACAUGCCUAUAUAAAAAGAAAGUCUUUUAUUGUAUCAAACACAAGACCAAAACCACCACCCCUAGAAGAAGAUUUGUUGGUCGUUGAAGAACUUGACCCAGCAGCUGUUGAAAUUGCUCAUUCUGUAAUGAUUCAGCUAGAGCAUCACGUUGUGUAUUCCACCAGUUACCAGGUGCCAGUACUAUAUUUCAGAG